GCAAAAAGAAAAAACGUGCGUUUGCUGCUGCAGAGAAUUUGUGUGAUUUUUACAUUUUUAUAAAUUUAUGUAAAAUUUUAUAGAAAAAAUGGGUAAAAAAGUGUAUAAUGCUAAGGCUAGACAAAAUCCGCAAACUAUAGUGGAUAAUUCUGGUUUAAAAGAUGUAAAAUUGGAAUUAUCAGAAUUGGCUGAGGGCUCCGGAGCUGGUUAUGAUGAAUCGAAUGCUUUGAUAUUGCCCUCCCAAAAACGGGCCACUAAAAUUAAAGUGGAGCACCGACAAAAUGUGAAAAUCUUGACCAAAAAGCAAAGAAAACAUUUGCAGGCCAUAGUGGAUAAGAAAAAGAAGAAGGAAGGGCGCGCCGGUUUAUUGGAAGCCUUGGCCAAGGUGCAAGUUUCUGAGACAGAAUUGAAACAGUAUACUUCCAUCAGUCAGGUGCAAACAGUGGGUGUUAAAAAAUUAGAUUCUUUAGAAGAAUUAAUGGCCAAAAAACAACAAAGACAACAAAAUGUAAAAGUGGCUGUAGGUGGCAAAAUAAGUUCCAUUAAAGGGGCAGCCAAACGGAAGCUUUUACUAGAAGAAGAGGCUGAGUUAAAUGCCAAACGUAAAAAUCCCAAUAUAGUGGGUAUGGAAGAGGAUGAUGAUGAUGAAACCACAGAUGAGGAAGACGAGGAGGAGGAAGAAGAGGAGGAGCCUAAGGCAGAAAUUAAAGAAAUAACAGAAAAAAUCGAUGCAAAAGAACAGCAAAUAAUCCAGGAAGAAAAGCCCACAAAAUCUAAAAAACUUGAGGAAACUCCUAAGAAGGAAACUCCCAAAUCAUUAGCCCCUGCCAGACCCACUGUUUAUGUGCCCGUAGUACGUGAUCCCGAAAUUCAGGCGGCCCGUUUAAAAUUGCCCAUAUUGGCAGAAGAACAACAAGUAAUGGAGGUCAUUAAUGAAAACAAUAUUAUAAUAGUUGCUGGUGAAACAGGUUCUGGUAAAACUACCCAAAUACCUCAAUUCCUCUAUGAAGCAGGUUACUGUGAAAAUGGUAAAUUAAUAGGCAUAACAGAGCCAAGACGUGUGGCCGCCAUAGCCAUGUCUAAACGUGUGGGUCAGGAAAUGAAUCUGAGCGAAAAGGAGGUAUCCUAUCUUAUACGUUUUGAGGGUAAUGUUACACCGGAAACUAAAAUCAAAUUCAUGACCGAUGGUGUCUUACUCAAGGAAAUUGAAUCGGACUUUUUACUCAAAAACUAUUCGGUUAUUAUAUUGGAUGAGGCUCACGAAAGAAGUUCUUAUACUGACAUUUUGGUGGGUCUUCUAUCCAGAAUAGUACCGCUAAGACUUAAGAGAGGAGGCAAUCCUUUGAAAUUGAUUAUUAUGUCGGCCACUUUGCGGGUAGAAGAUUUCACCUCCAACUCGAGAUUAUUUAAAAUUCCUCCUCCUUUAAUAAAAGUGGAAGCCAGGCAGUUUCCAGUGACCAUACAUUUCCAAAAACGUACUCCGGAUAAUUAUGUAGAAGAGGCCUAUAGGAAAACAGUGAAGAUCCAUUCCAAACUACCAGAAGGUGGUAUCUUAAUCUUUGUCACCGGCCAGCAGGAAGUUAACCAAUUGGUGCGCAAGUUAAGAAGGACUUUCCCCUACAAAAAGCUGGAUGACAAUAAAAAAGAACAGAACGAGGAUAAAGCUACCAAAAAAGAAGAGGAAGAAGUUGGGGCCCAAGACAAACCUGAUACCGAUGAUGAAUUUGAUAUGAAGCGUGCCAUACGCAAUGUACGCAAAUCGAAAAAGAAGUUUUUGUCCCAAUUGGCUUUACCCAAAAUCAAUUUAGAUGAUUACAAACUACCUGGUGAUGAUACUGAGGCCGAUUUAUUGGAGAAUCAAGAUUCUGAUGCAGAAAAUGCUGAUCCAGAAGUAGAUGAUUUAGAUGAUGAAGAGGAUGAUGAAAAUCCUAAUGUUAUGGAUGAGGAUGUGGCUGCCUCUACUACCAAACAACCUUUAUGGGUUUUACCUUUGUACUCCUUGCUGUCCUCAGAAAAACAGAAUCGCAUUUUCCAGCCUGCACCCGAGGGUACACGUGUUUGUGUGGUUAGCACCAAUGUGGCCGAAACUUCUUUGACUAUACCCAACAUCAAGUAUGUGGUGGAUUGUGGCAAACAAAAGACCCGUCUGUAUGACAAAAUUACCGGUGUUAGUGCUUUUGUGGUAACUUAUACUUCUAAAGCUUCAGCAGAUCAAAGAGCCGGCCGUGCUGGUAGAGUUAGUGCUGGCCACUGUUAUAGACUUUAUUCCAGUGCUGUGUACAAUGAUGAAUUUGAGGAUUUCUCAGUGCCUGAUAUACAAAAGAAACCGGUUGAUGAUUUAAUGCUGCAAAUGCGUUGCAUGGGCAUAGACCGUGUUAUAAACUUCCCUUUUCCUUCACCACCCGAUACAGUACAACUGCAGGCUGCAGAAAAACGUUUAGUUAUCUUAGGGGCCUUGGAAAAAGUUACUGAGCCCUCGUCUUCACUUAAAGAUAUACCACCUAAAGUUUCCCGUUUGGGUCACAUCAUUUCCAGAUUUCCUGUAGCUCCUCGUUUUGGCAAAAUGUUGGCUUUGUCUCAUCAACAAAAUCUUUUAUCCUACACCGUGUGUUUGGUGGCUGCUUUAUCGGUGCAGGAGGUUUUAAUGGAAGUUAAUUUUGAUCGUGAAAAAGAUGAGGCCGCUCUUACAUUGGGCAAAUGGCAAAAGAAAAGACAGUCAUGGGCUUCUACUGGCAAUUACCAAUUACUGGGUGAUCCCAUGGUUUUGUUAAGGGCAGUGGGUGCUGCUGAAUAUGCCGGCUCGAAGGGGGAACUGGUAAAAUUCUGUGCUGAAAAUGGCUUAAGACAUAAAGCCAUUACCGAAGUGCGUAAGCUGAGAGUACAAUUGACUAAUGAAAUUAAUUUAAGCAUUAAUAAUGUUGACCUCAGUGUGGACCCCUCUAUGGCACCUCCCUCUGAUGCUCAAGCUAGAUUUUUAAGACAAAUUCUUUUGGCCGGCAUGGGUGACAAAGUAGCACGCAAAGUUUCUUUAGCGGAUAUAAGUGAUAAAGAGGAAAAGCGUAGACUUAAAUAUGCUUACAACUGCUUGGAUAUGGAAGAACCGGUAUUUAUGCACUCCUCCUCCGUGCUCAAACAAAAACUACCCGAAUGGGUUAUAUACCAAGAAGCCUAUGAAAUACAAAAUGGUGAUUCUACAAAAAUGUUUAUAAGAGGCAUUACCGCCAUAGAACCAGAAUGGUUGUUGCUGUAUGCUCCCUUAUUGUGCAAUAUUAGAAGCAUUAAAGAGGAGCCUUUACCCCGCUACAAAGCCGAAGAGGGUAAGGUUUAUUGUUUUGUGGAUGCCACCUUUGGCAAGGCCGGCUGGGAGUUGCCGUUAACAGAAAUUGAAAUGCCUAUGGAGGAAAAGGCUUUUUGUUAUUUUGCCAUGUUUGUGUUGGAUGGUCAGGUGUGUCCUCAACUUUUACCUUUUAAAUCGAAAUUGAAAUCUACACCCUCUUCCUUAACCAAAAGUUGGUCUAAUUUGAAUGAAAAUAUUAUGAAAUUCAAAAGAUGCUUUAUGUCUAAACGUAUAAAUACCAGGGAGAAGCUAUUGGAAGCCUGGAAAAAUAAUCCUAAUUUCCUUUUGGAAGAAUACCACAAUAUGUUGUAUGAUGUUUCCCUGUCAGAAUUGACGCCCAUAUGGCCACCCACCAAAUUAGAUUAGUUGAUUUUUAAGAGAAUUUGAAAAAUACUUUUAAUUUUAUAAAAAUGUUGAAUAAGAAAUGAAAUAAAAUUAACAAAAUAUUAAAAUUAA